CUUAUCCAUUGAAGACCUCUCCCUUACAAGAAUUGAUUUUGCCCCAAAAGUAUUAGACUAUUAACCCCUGUGCCAGAAAACCCAACAAGAACAGAGAAAAUGGCAGGAGUUUCAGUUCCAACAGGGCUAAUGAAGCCCUUAGCAGGCAGAUCACUGGGUUGCAGAACGCCAUGCCGGGUGGAAAGGCGAGUAGUGAUGUGCUCAGCGAGUGAGGGCUCGGAAUCGAACAAGGGCAUGAUUGCAUUUGGGAAGAAGAUGUCGACAGCCCUGGCUCUGGCGGCGGUGAUGACGAGCGGAGCGGCGGUGGGGACAGCGCAGGCGGACAUUGCAGGGCUGACUCCCUGCAAGGAAUCCAAGGCCUUCGAGAAGAGGGAAAAGCAGGCCCUAAAGAAGUUGCAGAACAGCCUCAAGGCUUACGCCCCUGAGAGUGCUCCUGCCCUGGCAAUCAAGGCCAGUAUUGAGAAGACAAAGCGCCGAUUCGACAAUUAUGGGAAAGAGGGGCUGCUCUGUGGCACUGAUGGCCUGCCCCACCUGAUUGUCGAUGGCGACCAGGCCCAUUGGGGAGAAUUCAUCACUCCUGGCCUCCUCUUUUUGUAUAUUGCUGGAUGGAUUGGGUGGGUUGGGCGCUCCUACCUCAUUGCUGUUCGCGCUGAGAAGAAACCCACCGAGAAGGAGAUCAUCCUUGAUGUUCCUCUUUACGCCCGCAUCAUCGGCCGAGGGUUUAUCUGGCCUCUUGCUGCUGCCAAUGAGUUCCUCAGUGGCAAGCUCAUUGAGGACGAUGCCAACAUUACUGUUUCUCCCAGAUAAAUUUUCAAUCUCACCCAUCCUUUUGUAUUUGAUCCUUGUGUUUUCUUUUGGACUCCAUGAUGCUGCUAUUUCUGUUUCUGUUCCAGAUGCUCUGAUGUAACUUCUGAAAAUGUGUAUUCUUUCUUGGUUCUUCAUGCUCUUACCUACAACAUUAUAUUACCUGAAUUUCACUUAUACAUUUUAAA